UUAUUUUUAAUUCAAAUCUAAAUUUCGACUCUUUUUUCCUCCGAGAAAGGAAGCAGCAACUCUCCUCUCGAUCAUGGCAAUUGGUUCCAGAUUGCACACAUGUGUGAUCUUCCUUCUCGUCGUUGGAGUCGAGAAUGCUGCUAUCUCGUCGGAAACCUUCGCUUCAGCUGCACCGAAGGCGAUCUCGGAAUUGAGGGAUGCCGUCGUGAAGGGGUUAGGGUUCCACUCUGAGGGCCUCAAGGUGUCCGGGUUCGACCCGAGGGACGCAUUGGUGGGCCAGGCUAUGGCGUAUGAAUUUGACAUCGAGGUGGAGAAUCGAGUGAUUCCGAUGAAGUUGUUGGAGGAUGUGAGCCGUUGGAAUUUCGUCGACCUCUCGAUCUUCAAGGCGGCGUCCGAGGAGGAGACAGGGUUGGCUGAGGUCGGGAGGAAGCCGGGUGCUGGGGUUUCGCCAGCGUUACUACCGUUUCAGAUUUCUGGCCCGAUGGAGCUGUGGAUUCAAGAUGGGGACGACAUGAGGCUCUCCUUGCCGCAUGAUGUUGAAGCUGGUGCAUUAAAGAAGGUCAUUCUAUCUGAUGGUGCGGUGGUGACGGUGAAGGGUGCCAAGUCCAUUAGUCUUCGUCACCCAAUCGAUAUCCCUCUCCCCCUCAACCGCAGCCACCCGAAAAACCGUCGCGUGGCGUCUGGCCUGUUGAACAUUGCAAAAGCCCUUCGUGAUGCUUCACGAACCAAUGAGAAACCCCUUCUCUCGCUCCGCAUUGUUGGUCCAACCUCAUUGACUUCAUCUCCUUCAACAUAUCCCAAUGACAAGCUGAAGCUGAAGCUGAAGCGUCUAGCACCUGGACUCAUCGAACUUUCUUCUCGAACUGCCCCCGUACCAUCUGAUGAAAUGGAAGGAUCUCACACGACCACAUUGUGGCCCUUGACUUCGCUUAAUGGUUCAGACCCAAACCUUACUGGAUUUGAAGAAUUAUUGGCAUCGGUAUUGGGGAAGAAGGGAUCAGAAGAAGGUUCUUUUCGGCUUGUUAAGGCACAAGUAUCUGCUCAAACCUAUAUGAAGAUGGGAUUCACGGUAGAGAAGGAUCUCAUCGGCGGAGAGGUGGAUUGGUCGAUGUUCCCUACAUGGAAAACAAAACCAGAGAAGUCGAUCAUGCACUUCGAGGUGUUGGCUAGGGUGGAAGACAGCGGAAGAGUAGUCCCGGAGAGGAUUGCUGAAAUCCAACCAUUCGAAACACAAGAGGCAGCGAUCAGUAGCUUCUUGACUGGAAAUGUGUCCAUGUCCAAGGCUGAAAUUGUUCAUCCACCACCUAAUUACUUCACUCUCUAAGUGAGCAAUCUGCAACCAGAAGCUUGUUGACUGGAAGGCUCAAGCUGAUCAUCUACCAUUCAUUACUCUGAGCAAUCUGCAAUCUGCAAUCUGCAAUCUGCUGAUGUAUACAUUCAGUGAAGUAAAGAGGAAAAAUAAGAAAUUUGUCUAUCAUGUAUUUGGAUUUGCAGUUUGCCUUUUAUUUUAAAAGACAAGCUGUUAUGAUUUUGUUUUAAAUGACAACAAUUAUUGAAAUUCGAAUUUCUUAUUUGUUCUUUGAAA